AGGUGUUGUUACUACAGUCUUUUAUGACCCAUGAAGUCUGGAGAUUUUGUACAAGCCUGUUCCAUUCUUUCUACAAGGACAGCACAUUCCAAAGCAAAUAUUCCUACCUGAAGCACUGGUACCCUAUUAUACCAAUGUGAAGGAAUGAGGGUACCUGGCCAACCCUGCCAAGUUUCCCAAAGCAAGACUUGAAUGCACCAUGAAGUUUGGUUAUGUCCUUCCUGCUAUCAUGAAAGGCGAACUCUCAGAAUGCUCAGCAUUCGGAAGGAUCCAAGGCAGAUUUUCAUUGGUCUUGCUCCUGGCUGGGUGGUGAAUAUGGCAGAUAAGAAAAUUCUAAAACAAACAGAUGAGAAUCUCCUCGAGUAUUAGAGCUCCUUAACUCCCUUCCAGUAAAGCAGACUUUUGAGCCAGACAGAGCUGAAACGUGACUUCUUCUGGGUCUUAAAGCCUCGGGGUUGAUACUGGCCAUCACUGUGGUCCGAUAUCUUGUCCUUUUUCUAUGUAAUGUGUAAUAUUGCACAGAGAAGCUGAGUCUUUGAGGGUCUAUGUCUCGAAAAUCCAAAUGGUGGCAUUCUUUGGAAGGGUGAUAAAAAUGCUUAAAAAUAAAAAUAAAAUAUAUUCUUACAAGCAAAACUUAAUUUGUCAAAAUCAUAUGUAGAAAUUUCUGGUUGCUAAGAACUGAAAUCACAGUACAGGCUGCUUGUUCAAAUUAAAAGGGUACUUAAACACAUCAGGUUUAAAAUGAGAGUUGAAAUAGCAAAAUGAAAUGUAAGAGGAAAUAAGGACGCUUGGUGGCGCUGCAGGCUAAGAAUAUGGAGAAUGAGCUCUGCAGACUCACAGGAAGUCAUUAACCUGAAAAGCAGAAUUUAGGAAGCUUUGGAGGUGGAGGUGAUUGGACGUGUUUUUGUGACUAUUUGGGAAGAAGACACCUUCCUAAUCGGAUUUACUCCAAUAUCUUCCCGGACCCUCAUGAGUGGAUUGUAAUUGACUUGAAGAAGCAGCACCCUCAGGACUGAAUCUGAACAAUGGAGACAGCGCUAGCAAAAAUACCACAGCAAAGGCAAGUCUUUUUUCUUACUAUAUUGUCGCUAUUGUGGAAGUCUAGCUCUGAGGCCAUUAGAUAUUCCAUGCCAGAAGAAACAGAGAGUGGCUAUAUGGUGGCUAACCUGGCGAAAGAUCUGGGGAUCAAGGUAGGAAAACUGGCCACUAGAGAAGCUCAAAUCCAUUACAAAGGAAACAAAGAGCUCUUGCAGCUGGAUACAGAGACUGGGAAUUUGUUUUUAAAGGAAAAACUAGACCGCGAGGUGCUUUGUGGGGCGACAGAACCCUGUGUGCUGAACUUCCAGAUCAUACUGGAAAACCCUAUGCAGUUCUUCCAAACUGAACUGCAACUCACAGAUGUAAACGACCAUCCUCCAGAGUUCCCUGACACAGAAAUGCUUCUAAAAAUCCCUGAGAACGCCCAGCCAGGGACCGUGUUUCCUCUGAAGGCAGCUCAGGACUCUGACAUAGGGAGCAACGCUGUUCAGAACUACACAGUCAGUCCCAAUCUCCAUUUCCACGUUGUUACUCUCAGUCGCACAGAUGGCAGGAAAUACCCAGAGCUGGUGCUGGACAGAGCCCUGGAUAGGGAGGAGCAGCCUAAACUCUCUUUAAUCCUCACUGCUCUGGAUGGUGGAGCCCCGCCCAGGUCAGGAACCACCACAGUUCACAUAGAAGUUGUGGACAUCAAUGAUAACUCCCCCCAGUUUGUACAGUCACUCUAUGAGGUGCAAGUUCCUGAGAAUAAUCCCCUCAAUGCCUUUGUUGUCACAGUCUCUGCCACAGAUUUAGAUGCUGGGGUAUAUGGCAAUGUGACCUAUUCUCUGUUUCAAGGGUAUGGGGUAUUUCAACCAUUUGUAAUAGACGAAAUCACCGGAGAAAUCCGUCUGAGCAAAGAGCUGGAUUUUGAGGGAAUUAGCAAUUAUAACAUAGAAAUCGCAGCCACAGAUGGAGGAGGCCUUUCAGGAAAAUGCACUGUGGCUGUACAGGUGUUGGAUGUGAAUGACAACGCCCCAGAGUUGACAAUUAGGAAGCUCACAGUCCUGGUCCCAGAAAAUUCCGCAGAGACUGUAGUUGCUGUUUUUAGUGUUUCUGAUUCUGAUUCGGGGGACAAUGGAAGAAUGGUGUGUUCUAUUCCGAACAAUAUCCCAUUUCUCCUGAAACCCACAUUUGAGAAUUAUUACACGUUAGUGACUGAGGGGCCACUUGAUAGAGAGAGCAGAGCUGAGUACAACAUCACCAUCACGGUCUCAGACCUGGGCACACCCAGGCUCACCACACAGCACACCAUAACAGUGCAAGUGUCUGACAUCAACGACAAUGCCCCUGCCUUCACCCAAACCUCCUACACCAUGUUUGUCCGCGAGAACAACAGCCCUGCCCUGCACAUAGGCACCAUCAAUGCCACAGACUCAGACUCAGGCUCCAAUGCCCAUAUCACCUACUCGCUGCUGCCGCCUGAUGACCCGCAGCUGGCCCUCGACUCGCUCAUCUCCAUCAAUGCUGAGAACGGGCAGCUGUUUGCGCUCAGAGCAAUGGACUAUGAAGCACUGCAGACCUUCGAGUUCCACGUGGGCGCUACAGAUGGAGGCUCACCCGCGCUCAGCAGCCAGGCUCUGGUGCGGGUCGUGGUGCUGGAUGACAAUGACAAUGCCCCCUUCGUGCUCUACCCACUGCAGAAUGCCUCAGCACCCUGUACUGAGCUACUGCCUAGGGCAGCAGAGCCCGGCUACCUGAUCACCAAAGUGGUGGCUGUGGAUCGCGACUCUGGUCAGAAUGCUUGGCUGUCGUUCCAGCUACUUAAAGCUACAGAGCCAGGGCUGUUCAGUGUAUGGGCGCACAAUGGUGAGGUGCGCACCACUAGGCUGCUGAGUGAGCGAGAUGCUCAGAAGCACAAGCUACUGCUGCUGGUCAAAGACAAUGGCGAUCCUCUGCGCUCUGCCAGUGUCACUCUUCACGUGCUAGUGGUGGAUGGCUUCUCGCAGCCUUACCUACCAUUGGCUGAGGUGGCACAGGAUUCCAUGCAAGAUAAUUACGACGUUCUCACACUGUACCUAGUCAUUGCCUUGGCAUCUGUAUCUUCUCUCUUCCUCUUGUCUGUAGUGCUGUUUGUGGGGGUGAGGCUGUGCAGGAGGGCCAGGGAGGCCUCCUUGGGUGACUACUCUGUGCCUGAGGGACACUUUGCUAGCCACCUGGUGGAUGUCAGCGGUGCCGGGACUCUGUCCCAGAGUUAUCAAUAUGAGGUGUGUCUUAAUGGAGGUACUGGAACAAAUGAGUUUAACUUUCUUAAACCAUUGUUUCCUAUCCUUCCGACCCAGGCUGCUGUUGAAGAAAGAGAAAACGCUGUUGUGCACAAUAGCGUUGAAUUCUAUUAGAACACUGAUUUUGAAGUGGUGGUUACCUCAUUUUUCCUUAACUAUCCCUGAUGUAGAAUGGCAUAGUGCCGUGAAUCAACUCCUGAGAUAUAUGUUCAUUUUAUCCUUUGUUUUGGAUCAAACUAUUCAGAUGUGAUCCUACUCUAGAGAAUUUGGUUCUACUCCAUUGUGUUUGUUUAGAUUUCUAUGCCAUACCAGUGCAUGCUGGGUGUUUUUUUUUUUUUUUUACAAUUAUUAAAACUUUGCUUUGGAGGGGAACUCAUAUUCGCUGUAAUGAAUUGGAACCACUUUCAUUGUUAGAGAUGCCUUGCUUUGUUGUGUUAUUUCAGACAGGGUCUUACAUUGUAGCCCUGGCUGAUCUGAAAUGACUAUGUACAGACUGACUUUGAAUUUGUGGCAGUCCAUCUGCCUCUGUUGUCCUAUGUUGGGAUUGUGAGCAUGCAUGAGUAGGCUCAGCUGUGGUGAGCGACCUUAAUAAAAAUCCAAUACUA